AUGGGCUCCAGCAGCUUUGUGCUCUGCCUAGCACUUCUAUUAUCUUACGCAUAUGGUACUCCAGUCUCUGUCGGGCAUCUCUCUGGUGAAGCUGAUGCUGAUGCUGGUGAGAUAAUCAAAGACAUUCCAGACAUAAACUUAGCUGCUGGACUGGACCUCUUUCAGGGUGAUAUCUUGCUCCCUAAAAAUCAGCGAAAUGCCCUAAGAAAUGAGAGCUACAGAUGGAAGUUCCCCAUUCCCUAUAUUCUGGGUGAUAACCUAGAUCUGAAUGCCAAAGGAGUUAUUCUCCAGGCAUUUGAGAUGUUCCGUCUUAAGUCUUGCAUUGAUUUCAAGCCAUAUGAAGGAGAGAGAACCUACAUAUUCUUUAGGAAAGAAAGCGGGUGUUGGUCCAUGGUGGGGGACCUGCAGACUGGACAGAACCUCUCUAUUGGGGCAGGGUGUGACUACAAAGCAAUUGUAGAACAUGAGAUCCUGCACGCUUUGGGAUUUUACCACGAGCAGUCAAGGAUGGACCGAGAUGACUACGUGACAAUCUGGUGGGAUGAAAUUAUUGCAGACAAAGAACACAACUUUCUGAAGUACGAUGACAGCUUCAUCACUGACCUGAACACCCCCUAUGACUACGAAUCAGUGAUGCACUAUGCACCAUUUUCCUUUAACAAAAAUGACAGUAUCCCCACAAUCACAGCGAAGAUACCAGCAUUUAAUGACAUAAUUGGACAACGUCUAGAUUUCAGUGCCAUCGACCUGGAAAGACUUAAUCGCAUGUAUAACUGCACUUCAACUCACACUCUUUUGGAUCAGUGUUCGUUUGAGCUUGAAAAUAUCUGUGGCAUGAUUCAGGGCACCAGAGAUGACCUAGACUGGGUCCAUCAACAGAGCAGUGCUUCAGGGCAGGAAGACCACACACUUUCUGGGCGCUGUAGAGAUGCUGGCUACUUCAUGUACUUCGACACCAGCUCUGGAAAUGCAGAGGAGGCGGCAGUCCUAGAGUCUCGAAUCCUUUAUCCCAAGAGAACUCAGCAGUGCCUCCAGUUCUUCUAUAAGAUCACAGGAAGCCCUUCUGACAAGCUGAUCAUCUGGCUUAAGGAAGAUGAUGGGACUGGAAAUGUUCGCAAGAUGAGGAAAAUUGAAACCUUUCAGGCGGAUAAUGACCAUAACUGGAAAAUUGCCCACGUAACCCUCAAUGCUCAGAAGAAGUUCCGAUACCUCUUCCAAGGACUAAAGGGCAACCCCAGCUCUUCAUCUGGUGGGAUCAUUAUCGACGAUGUCACACUGACAGAGACCCCCUGUCCCACAGCUGUGUGGGUCAUUCGGAAUUUCAGUCAAAUCCUUGAAAACGCACCAAAUGAUGUUAUUCAAAGCCCCCGCUUUUACAGCCCUGAGGGUUAUGCUUAUGGCAUAAGUUUGUAUCCCCAAUCCAGAACCAGUGGCUACUCUCGCAUUGCCUUUCAUUUGUGCAGUGGAGAGAAUGAUGCCGUUCUAGAGUGGCCAGCUCUGAACCGCCAAGCCAUGCUCACAGUGCUGGACCAGGACCCUGACAUCUUGAAAAGGAUGUCUGCAAGCAGAAGUUUCACCACAAAUAAAGACCAGGUUAUGUCAGAUGGUAGCGGAACCUUAAUAUGGGAGAAACCAUCUAUAACUGGAAAAUUUGAUGCCUCAUGCAAUUGCUAUAGAACUGUAGACUGGGGGUGGACCAACUUCAUCUCCCACAGCCAGAUGAGGCGCAGAAGCUUUCUGAAAAAUGAUGACCUGAUUAUUUUUGCAGAAUUUCAUGAUCUAACUCACCUCAAUAAUACUGAAGUCCCCGUUCAAUCUGAACAAUCUGCCAUCAUGGAAAGCUUCCCUUUUGAAAGGCAGAAGAGAGCUCUCCAGGAUAUGGAGCCCGUUCAAGACUGGCUGCCUUACCCGCAAGACCCGUGUGAUCCAAACCCUUGCCAGAAUGAUGGAGUCUGUGUGAAUGUGAAAGGGAGACCAAGCUGCAGGUGCCCAUCAGGACAAACCUUCUUCUUUACAGGUGAGAGGUGUCAGUCAAUGCAGGUCCAUGGGAACAUCCUGGGAAUGACAGUUGGUGGAAUUGCUGGAACCAUUGUCUUAACUAUCGUCCUCAUUUCCAUGAUGGCUAGAAGAUAAAGAUCUGCAGAGAGCUAAAUCUAAGUCUGGUGUUUUUCCAUAGUUCAUCAAACAUCAGUUUUCAAUGAAAAAUGAUGAAUACAACUUGAAGACCAGCCAGCAUACAGAUGUUGAAAUGCUCUGUCAGCAUUUUGUCAGCUGUUUACUUCAUGAGACUUGGCAGUUAAAGAUCAUGUUGAACUGUUGUCUAAUAAAAAUUCACACACUGAAUCUCUUGUGUAUUCUUUGUUUGCUUUGUUUCUUCAUUCAGUUGUGACUGGUAGUGCUGACAGUCCAUGCCUUUACUCUUAACCACAGUUCAAACUUAAAUAAUUGGAAGAACUUCCCUAAACACUAGGAACAGUCACAUAUAAGCAAAUCUAUAAAGAUUCUAAAUGUUCCUUUAAAAGCUAUCCAAGAUAUCUAAAGGGUAAAAAUUCAUAGGUAAAUCAGUACAUCAACACUCAUUUGCCAUGAAGCUAUGCUGAUUUACAAAAGCUGAGUAGCUAUUGUAUAAAAUUCAUAGUAAAUUGCUAUUACACAUUUUUGGCUAGUGCUCUACCAGGGAAAUAGUUUCAUAUUAAAGCUAGUUGUCUUUCUAGAAAAUCUUGCCACAUAAGGUUUUCAAUUGUUCAAGUGUAAGUCUAUUCUUUGGUCAUAAUCUUAAAGUUAUUUUAAACAUCUAUCAAAUUCCCAUGCAGGCACUGGAUGAAACUGGAGCACAGCAGCAGUUAUCAUAGGACAGGAUCUAUUUUGGUUACCACUAAAUUCACAACCCUCUAGAAAUCAUUGCCUCACAAGUCAAGGAGAAGGGUUGGGUGUAUGAAGAUGAAGACUGGGUCUGUUACACUGGAGAUUUCUGGAUAACGUGUUAACACCUUACUGCAGAUGGCAGGAAGCCAGUGAUCCAGUCUGUCCCAAGAUCUCUGCUUUGCAGGACUCUUAACAGUUUCUGCACUUGAAACUUUAUUACCCAGGUUUCCUCAAAAAACAGAACAAAAGGUGUUCAGAAUAGAAAUGGUAAAUAAUCACAGAGGAUGAAGCCACCCUUUUAUUUAUCAGAUACCUAUCAUAAGGGAUGGCAGCUAAUAGAAAAAUAAACUCUUGUGGCAGUAGGUUGUAAGCAGGGAGCUGGUUGCUGCUUGUAUUUACACUUGGCUUUGUCCUGAUGCUCACACCAGUUCUGUGGGGAAGGACAAACCAUCCAAAUCAUUGUGUAUUUAAUUAAGGCAUUAUUAUAUAUAAGACGUAAGAUUAUCAAUCUGGGGAUUUCAGAGUUAACCAUUUUUAACGCAGGCUUGCAGUUCAUAUGCUUGGUUUCUGCUGCUUCUCAGUUGAUCCAGGAAAGCAGCACAGGGAUGGGUGAAAGCACCAUGGUCAAAAACAAAGUGCAGCUUUCUGGAACUCCUGGAGUUCGAGUGCAAAUGCUGCACUUAGUCCAUAGGAUACAAACUUUACAAAAAGCAAGCUGCCAAGUGCAAUUGUUUCAGGUAGUUCCUCUCCCCAGUGUGCCUGCAUUGCAAUUAACUCAUAUACCUUCUGCCCCUGUUGUCAGCAUUGUUGCUCGCCACCACUUGUCAACCAGGAAGAGGAGAGAAAGGCACGGCUCAGACCUCCUGAGCAGGGAAGCAAGCAGGUGUAGCUUUGCCAAUUCCCAGCCCCAAGCUUAAGAUGUCCCCCCAUGAAGGGACGUCAUGGCAUUUACACUCAAGCAGAGGAGCUUGUCCUAUCUCUUGUGGUGGUUUUUAUUUUUGUUUGUGUGUGUGUGUAUCUGUGUGUUUUUUAAAUCAGCAGUGGCAUCACGUGUGGAUCUGAACCUGCCUCAUUCACUUAGCCAGGGCAGGACAAGAUCUGCAGCCCUGGCCCUGUUGGGUAAGAGGGUGAGGAGAAAUGCAUGGUGAUGGCUGGGGGCACCCUGCUUGUCUGAAUUUGGGGACCAAAAAGUGACAUGGGGGCAAAAACGUGUGAGACAUCUCAAGGGGAGCACGGGCAGACACAGGCCACGCCACUUCUCGACUGCUUUUCUGUCACACCAUGCAGGGCCUAGGGACGCCAUGACAGGCCGCCGCCGCCCUCCUGCCUCAGGGGUCGGCGGUUGGCAGUGUGAGGAGAAGCAGCGCCAUAGUGGCACAGGCCGUGGGCUCUGUGGGUCCGCCACAAACUGACGUGCUCCGAUUUGCACUGUACCUUGUCCCUCAGAGGGAAAAAAUAAAAAAUCCAGGAAGAGGCUGUGGAGGGAUUAGCAGCACUUAUCCCAAAGAAAAAGCUGAAUUUAACUUGGAGAGGGCGUAAUUUAGAAGUAAUGAUUCUAAAGUUUGUGUAGAGAGUGUCAUAUUCCAUACCAUGGUUUUCUAACAGGAAAGUACUCAAGGAAUUACAUAGUCCAGGGGUGAAUCUGCCUGUCAACACCAUGGCUUUUCAACAGCAUUGAAUCCUGUUAGGUGUUGAGAACCAAAAGCCUCAAGGAAGCUCUCAUUGUAAGUUUACAACCUGUGAUGGUUGGGUAGAUCUUGCUGGAGGUGCCACUGAGGUGGGAUGGGCAGACCAGGACCAUUAGUUGUUCUGCUCUUCGGCUCUGCCCACCCACAGCACACCCAGUUUCCUACCAGCUGCUGGCCAGCACGAUGGGCAAGCACAGCUGUUUCCUGAACGUGUUUCCUGGGGCAGUGUAAGAAGUAAAUGUGCUGGCCAGACCACUGAGCCACGACAGCACCAGAGAUCACAGCAUUGACUUCAUGGUCCAAUAAAAAAU